CACAGCAGCCACACACACACAGCAAAAUGCCUGAAGCUGAGGUAGUUUACUCCGAUGUGAAGUUUGCAAGAGGAAAAAAGGGAGCCAAUGAGGCCGUUACCACAUCGACUGACUCGACUUACUCUGAAAUCAAGAUCUCAAAGACUCAGCCAUCCACAGCAGAGCUGUCUGAGGAUCCUCAACAAGCUGUGGUGAGCAAAAGGUCAAAGGUCACCUCAGAGAGAGUGGUCCUGGUGGUUCUCAGUGUUCUCCUGGCAGCUGCUCUCAUUGCUCUGUGUUUUACCACAUUUAAAAUAAUUACAACUAACAAACAGCUUGAAAAUCUGGAACGUCACAAAAAGAAUUGUGAAAGUAAUUUCACAGAGACUCUCUCUAAUAUAAAAUCAUGCAGCACGGUGCAGCCGACCUGUCCAGUACCUAAAGUGAUAAAUGAUCCUUGUUAUAAAUGUGAAGAAGGCUGGGAGCAACAUGGAGGAAAGUGCUAUUACUUCUCCAUCAGUAAUUCAUCCUGGAACAAGAGCAGAGAUGAAUGUAGAGCUAAAGGAGGAGACCUGGUUAAGAUAGACAGCAGAGAGGAGCAGACAUUCUUGCAUAGAAGACUGAGAGAUGUAAUGAAUAAAGAUGAGGACAAGUUCUGGAUCGGACUGACAGACUCAGCAGAAGAGGGCAGAUGGGUGUGGGUGGACGGAUCACCACUGAAUCAAAGUUUGCAGUUUUGGAAUGGCAACGAGCCAGACGAUUGGAAAGGGCACAAUGGUGAACAUCCUGAUGGAGAGGACUGUGCGAGGAUGGGAGAAAAAGGUGGACGUGAUGCUCUGGAGUGGUGGUUUGAUGCAUAUUGCUCAGAUCCUCACAGAAGUAUUUGUGAGAAAUCAGGAGUAAAAGGACAGUUUAAAAAAGUAUGUGUCUGAAAUUCAUAUAUGAAACACCAGAAUGAAGUGAUGUAAUUUUUUACUAAUGAUGUCACAAAAGGAAAAAGGGAACAUAAUGAAAUA